AUGGCGUUCCUCCCGGUCCUGCUCCUGCUGUGUCUGACUGUUGCUCAACGUGCCACCGGUCAAGACUCUGAGAACUCCGAGGCUCUCCCACGAGGCUGCGGAUGGGGCCUUGUGCGUCCCUACACGCUCCUCUGUGACCUGGACUCCAUAUGGGGUGUGGCUGUCGAGGCAGUGGCCGCCGGCGGGAUGCUGACUGCCAUCAUGCUAGCCCUAAUCCUGCUGUGCCGCUUACACCACAUUAGUGAGGCUGAGAAGCGCAGCGGCGUGGGACCCAUCCUCUUGCUGCUCCUCGGCAUCCUCGGCUUGUUUGGCCUGAGCUUCGCUUACCUGAUCGAGCAGGAUGAGUCCUUAUGUUUGCUCCGCAGGGCCCUGUGGGGUCUCCUGUUUGCUGUCUGCUUCUCCUGCUUGUUAGUGCAGGGCGUCCGCCUGAGAAGGAUUGGCCGUGAGCGCCGGAGCCCUGGUGGCUGCGCCCUCACAGGCCUCGCUCUGGGUUUGAGCGCCGUACAGGGUAUCAUCGCUGCCGAGUGGCUGCUUCUCACCGUGCUGAGGGAGGGACGAGCCGCCUGUCAGUACCUGCCACUGGACUUCUCACUAGCCUGCAGUUACGUGCUAGUCCUCCUACUAGCCGCGCUGACUGCCGCCUCCCUGGCCCUGUGUGGGAAGACACAUCAGUGGCGCUGUAAUGCCAUCUGGCUGCUGGUGACCUGCCUGCUGUCGCUGCUCCUGUGGGUGGCCUGGGUGGGCUUCUAUCUGUACGGCAACGCCUGGCUGGGGAGGUCCCCGGAAUGGAAUGACCCGGCACUGGCCAUUGCUUUAGUAGCUCAGGGUUGGCUGCUGCUGAUCUUCCACGCCAUUCCUGAAUCCCACAUCUGCCUGAGACCCCCGCCACAGCCAACUGCCCCAGAUUACUUUGACACCUCCCAGAACUCGACACGGAUGAGGGAGACCAGCUUCGACGAAGACAUCCCUCUCUCUCACAGGCAGUUCGUGGAGAACCAGGGCUACGGAUACAGCGACGAGAACGCUGCAGGCUUGAGGAGCGCUGCCGGUGCCGGGCAACAUAACAGCAACACCGGCCCCAGGCCCAGCGCUCCUUUCCGCAGCAACGUCUACCAGCCCACUGAGAUGACCAUGAUCCUGAACGGGGGAGCGGUGCCCUCUGCCCCUCCAACCUACACAGGGAGGCAGCUGUGGUGA